UAUAAUGUGAUUUUUUAUCAGAAUUAUUUCAGAAUUAUAAAAAUGUAAGAUGGAGGGUAAAUUGAAGUUUAAAAGCCUGGAGGAUCUCCAGAGCCAGGCGAAGACCGGUGAUAUCUCUAAGUUUAAGUUGAAGAAUCUGUGUGAGAGUAGCAGUAAGGUCUGGGUGAAAGCAAUGGCAGAGGACGUCAGAUUAGAUGAAGAGACUAGUUAUAUACUGUAUUGGAAGUAUGUACUGCUCUGCAAGUCUAUUUGUCAGCAAGCUGAUUACAAAUCUGACAUCAAAUAUUAUGAGGGAAUGUACAAUAUUAAGAAGAAUAUGAAGACUGCAGUUAAGAGAUUAGAGACUUUAUCCACCAGUUUGGAUCUAAAAUAUGAGAAACUAAGUAACGCUGAGACAAAACGACGAUUGACUGAUGAAAAUGAGGAGCUUGCAAAAACCAAGAUAACUGAUGAUAAAAGAAAAAAGAACAAGGAAAAUAUUGCAAAUGGCGAAUUAAAGUUGAAUAUCAUGAGCGUGAGGGAAUUGGACAGUUUGAUCAAACAAAAAUCAACUUCGUUUUUUAUUCUUGACACUCGUCCUGAACAGGACUAUCACAAGGGACACAUAAACCAUCCUAGUUCUCUUAGUGUUCCGCAAGAAAUUCUCAGUCGAGGAGUAACUGCGCACGCUAUCGGAAGAAAUAUUCGAAUACAGGAGCGCACCCAGUGGGAGCGCAGAGCAACGGUGGAUAAACUGAUUAUAUGUGAUUGGAACAGUAAGGAGUUUAUUCCUGGUUCUCCGGCCUUCACUCUUCUUACUGCACUCACAGAUUGGGACAGGGAGAAUACUUACAGGUGUGCUCCUGUAUUACUAGAGGGAGGAUAUGAAAAGUUUAGAUUAGCACACCCUUUACAAGUCACAGAUCCAACAUUCAAGAUGCCAGUUCUCCAAGAAGUUGACCGAAAUAAAAAUAUUCUCAGACUUGAAGAUAUCAUCUUCCCAGACCUAGACUCAUUGGACCAGGGCUUCAUCGAGACCCCCUCACCCAGCCCUAAAAUGGUUCCGAACUUUGAGCCUAAAUCCUCCCGAGUACAAUAUCCUAGCCUAGAUGGGUACACGCCAAGUACUGUGUACUCUAAUCCUAGUACAUCCACACCACUUAUUCCUGACCGACGGACGAAGCCGGCGCGGUCAAACGGACAAGACCUCGACGAAAGUUCAAGUUCAAAUGCCCCGAGAGAUGAUUUUAACGCCGCCAGGUAA